UCAACCCUUCUCCGGUUUACUUGAAGGUUUAGUUACGACUGCAACGUGAUCCGGACAUGAUCAAUUCUGGAGAGGUUAAUGAAGAGCAGGCCGGAUGUUACGCAUGACUUUUCACCACUGAACAUCAAAGUAUAACCUUCCGGAAUUAUGGUGACUUCGAAAAAACGAAAAUCCAACGCAAAGACGAAAAAAAGUGCUCAAGCUAUCGAAACGAAAUUGAGGGUCGACGAAGCCACGGGGCAUCUCAAAAAUGGUCAUUACAAAAGUGCCUUGUUUCUGUACAACCAAGCUCUGGAGCUCAGUCCAAACGACAAAAAUGCAUUGAUCGCAAGAAGUAAAUGCUACCUGCUGCUCGGUGAACCGCAAAAAGCAUUGCAGGAUGCGGAGGCGGCGCUCAACGAAAAGAUUAAGGAUCCGAACAAUGCACGCGCUAUGUAUUACAAGGCGGAGGCGCUCUAUCAUCUCGGUGACUUCGAGCUCAGUCUCGUAUAUUAUUACCGGGGAAUGAGGAUUCGCCCGGAAUUCGAUCAAUUCAGACUCGGUGUUCAGAAAGCCAAGGAAGCUAUACAAAAUAUACUAGGAAAUAACAGUACGCCCAUUCCAAUAUCCGCUUACGUGAGAUCAGCCCCGAAGCCAGAGUCCCCGGGAAAGCCAUCGACCGCAGCUGGAAAGGAAAUCCUCACAAAUGAAAUAAAAGAAAAAAAUAACAAUAUUCGAGUCGAUGACAACGAGAGUAAGAAAAAAUUCACGUCGCCCAUAAAUUCGGAGAAGAUUGAUGAAAAGCGAAAAAACUCAAUGACGACCAAGCGCAAAGUUGCGGCACCCAAUCUUCUCGGUCAGCUGAACGUGGACAAAAAGUACCUUCAAGAUCUCCUGAAGUGUCCAGAUAUCAAAGCGGGACAUCAAACCUCUGCUAGACACAUCAUUUCGCCGGCCGAAGAAGGCAUCGCUUUCUUGGAAACGCGUCAAGAGUUCUGGCGGCAACAGCGCUCGACUCAUCAACCAGCUUCGAAAUGAUCGAGGACGCCGCGACGCGAUGAUAAAUGAUUUUCCUGAUUUCUGAUGAGGUGGUAAAUUAAACAAUGCGAGUAGCUUAAUAUUAUUUAUUUACAAGGCAAACUAAAUGAUAAUGUAGAACGAUAAAUAUGUGACGACAGAUGUGUACAUGGGAGAAUGAAACUUUUCUGUAGCUACGUUGACUGCUCCCGACUACGAUUUUUUAAGUUAGAGAGCUCGCGAUGACCAGAAAUAAAAAUGAGCAUUGAGUUUGACAAUUA